CUUCCCGUUUUCUCCAGAUCGGCUACAAGAUACGUUCAUCCGGUCAAGCGGUGGUGCCUUUGCCCUAUCCAACACCCUUCCAAGCAUCACCCUGCAGAGUGCUAACCUAUCCAGCAUGACAAACAUAGAGGCCGAUCUUCACUGGUUUAUCACAGCCACCUCCUACUCCUGGAUCCAGGUUGAUGUCCUGGAGAUGGAGCCAGGAAUGGGGGCCUAUGUCUGCAUCUUCGACACCUUCAAAACCUAUGGGGAAUGGGUGUGCAUGACGAACUCGGUAUCGUCCACCUCGUGGUAUUCGUACGAUGACGAGAUCAGGUUGUCGUUCUACGUCCAAAGAGGUGAUCGGCCUGGCUCUGGCCUGACGGUGAACCUGACUAUCAUUGAUCAUUUAACAUGGAAUGGUCAGUCCCUGACCAUACCAUCGUGCAACCCGAAAGUGACUCUACAUGAAGCUGAAACCAUCAGAUUUACUUCACCAUUCUUCAAUCAAUCUGUUGAAAAUGUAAAAUACCAGUGCAGGAUGACAUUCACCAACGGAUUGCAGCCAGCCGGCAUUCAGUAUCAUCAUCUCGAUGUCAUAGACAGGGUUAUAGUUCAUACAACAGAGUUUGGGGAUUUGUUGAAACUCGCGGAAGCUACGGAUAUUCAUAUGGGCUCUUUGGAUUCCCCCAUUAUCUCUGUGUCACCAACUCCAGAUAUUUCCGUUGACGUGAAUAAACCAGAUUACCAGGGGACUGAAGUUGGUCUAAUGGUGCAACCAUAUACAGAAGACAUACUGAAUGUAGGUCCAGAACCUUUGUCAUCUUUCGGCCUCGCCAUGAAACUUGAUAACGCCUCAUUCCAACAAGACUUCAUCAGCCUUAGCUACCCGGUUCUUCCCAAUGCGGUCAUGAACUUCAAAUGGCUGUUCGACAAUCGCGUCACUGGUACGGCCAUCAAAAUUCAAUUCAUCGAUUUUGACAUCGGUGCGGCCACCCUUUUUGGCCAUGUAGCAGAGACGAACACACCUCUAUGCCAGUUGACAGGUUCAGCGAUUCCAGACGAUAUCCUCACGGACACGACGAGACUGACGCUCCUGCUUCAAUCGGAUUCUCAAGGCAUAUGUUGCAACAGAGGGAUUUACUUCAACUUAACACUGAUAACAAUGAUCGAUGAAUGUUUGAACUCUCCUUGUCUAAACGGAGGAACCUGCUUCGACGAGUUCGAAUCAUUCCGAUGUCACUGUCCCAACGAGUAUGAAGGAGACUUGUGCCAAAACAAAAUUACCACACAAAGGCCGAUUCAGACGACGGAGAGCUCAACUACAGCUGACAUUACGACGAUCGCAACACAGACAACGGAUGUAACAGAAAUUACCACACAAAGGCCGAUUCAGACGACGGAUAGCUCAACUACAGCUGACAUUACGACGAUCGCAACACAGACAACGGAUGUAACAGAUUUCAUGACGCAUGACCCAACUUCGAAGACUACAACUCGCAGUGAACCAACUUCUACUAUGUCACCUACUAUAAACGAUGGCACAAACACAGGAGAAUCGAAGGAUCCCGAUGUACUCAUUAUCGCACUGAGUGUCAGCAUCGUAAUGGCCUUUUUCAUCAUCGGAUUCCUGGUUGGUGUGGUGGUUUACCGAAGUCAGAAGCAAACGGGGACUUUGUCACACGCCGUCUCUCCGGCGUGCUCCCAAAACGGACUAAUCCAAGAGAAUGGACCAAACGCUGAUCGGUACCAAGAAGGAUUGGAUUUCCCGAGAAGCAAUGGUUCUCUUCCUCCACCACUUCCUCCAGACCGACCCGAUCCCCACCUAGCUACUACGACACGAUAG